AUGGAGCCAGAGGAAUUGGUGUGGGUUCCUCACCCAAAUUUAGUAUAUGCAAUCGGACGGAUAAAGAAAACUAUUGAUUCAAAUCAAAUCGUAGUGGAACUUGAACACGAUGGAUCCGAGGUUUCAACUGCAAAGAAUGCGAUCCAAAUAAUAAAUCCUUUUGACCUACGCGAUUUUACAGAUAUGGUUAAAAUCAACGAUUUAUCAGAGGCAUAUUUACUUCACAAUUUAAAACAUAGAUAUCAAAAUAAUAAAAUAUAUACAUGGAUUGGAAAUGUAUUAGUUUCAAUCAAUCCUUUUAAAUCGAUAAAUAAUUUAUAUGGACCUGAAAAACUGACGCUGUACAGCGAUGUUUCUAAAGUCAGAGAAUUGGAUCCACAUAUUUUUUCAGUUUCAUCGUUGGCCUAUGCAGGUCUGCGGUCUGAUCGAAAAUCACAAUCAAUUAUUAUCAGUGGUGAGUCUGGCAGUGGAAAGACAGAGGCAUCGAAAUCGUUGCUCGAAUUUCUGGCGCAUCGAUCGGGUGGAGGCACAAUCGCCACCGACAUUCUCAGAUCGAAUCCAAUCCUGGAAGCUUUUGGAAAUGCCACGACAACUCGUAACAAUAAUUCCUCACGUUUUGGUAAAUUUAUUAAAGUCGAAUUCGACUCAAAUGGCGCGAUGCGUGGUGCACUCAUUGAGACAUAUCUGCUGGAGAAGAGUAGGAUUUCACAUCGUCCCGAUCUCGGCAAUAUGAAUUACCAUAUUUUUUAUUAUCUUGUGAAUGGCGCAUCGCCCGACGAGCGCAAAAAGUGGUCGCUCGACGACAAGAGUGUAGAGCGGUUCCGCUAUCUCCAGGCAUCGCCAGAGGUUCUAAUGAAAUUCAACCGAUCGUCGCCAGACGGUUUGGAUGCAGCACACAAGAGCUAUCAGCGUGUUAAAGAAGCAUUGAUGGUGUUUGGUGUCGGUGUCGACGAGUGCAAUUCAAUCUUUCAGACGGUGGCGGCCAUUCUCCACCUCGGAAACAUAGAGUUCAUCAAAGAUGAAUCCAACUAUGCUGCUAUAGACGAACGUUGCCAGACAUCGCUUAAUACGACGGCACAGCUGCUUGGCUAUCCUCCUACUCUCUUCAAAACCGCGCUGAUAUCACGUAAUUUGAAAGCGAUCGGAAGAGGAUCGGUCUAUUCGCGGCCGAUGGAAGUUGUGCAGGCAGAGGAAGCACGUGAUUCUCUUGCCAAGUCACUGUAUGCCAAGAUCUUCCAGUUCAUCGUUGAGAAGAUCAACAAACGAUUCCUGGAGAAUCAGGAAAAGUCGAAAAAUGGAAGUCUGCGGGGCAGUGCCGACAAGCUGUUCAUCGGUGUGCUGGACAUCUUUGGAUUCGAGAAUAUGACGUCGAAUAGCUUGGAGCAACUCUUGAUAAACUUUACCAAUGAGAAACUUCAGAGUCAGUUCAUCCAGGAGGUGUUUGAGCGUGAGCAACGCGAUUACUCUGCCGAAGGUAUCAGUUGGAGCAGUGCGCACUUCACCGAUAACAAACAGUGUUUGGAGCUGAUCGAGAAGAAAGGACAGGGUGAUGUAGUCUACCAGAUGGAUGGAUGGCUAGAGAAGAACAGAGACACUCUGUUUGGCGACUUGGAAGAGUUAUUAAGUGGUAGUUCAAACCUGUUUGUUCGUUCUCUAUUUCAAAAACAAACAACAACAACAACAGCAACGACAACAAAUAGCAGUAGCAACAACAAGAAAGCAUCGGGUACUUCUGUGGCCGGUCAAUUUCUUGAACAGUUGAAUUCACUUUUAAAUACAUUGUCAACUACGACACUCUCUUAUGUGCGUUGCGUUAAACCCAAUUCAACGUUGAGUGCUGAUAGCUUCAAUUCUAUACAAGUGAUAACUCAGCUGCGAAGUGUUGGUUUACUGUCGACUGUACAAGUACGAAAGCAAGGUUAUUCUUAUAGACGCGAUUUCAAACUAUUUAUUACUAGAUAUUCAAUCAUUUUAAAAAAACUACAGAAACAACAACAAGAUAAAUCAACAAACAAGAGUAACACACCGACGGACAACAUGCAACUGGCAAAGAGUAUAUUGGAGUAUUUAGAGAUGGAACAUAUCAAUCAAUUAAAACAACAAAAGAGAUAUAGUAAUAGUAAUAGUAAGAAGCUUUUAAGUCAGAUAGGAAAGACAAAGGUGUUUCUCACCGACGAAUUGUAUAUAUUAUUAGAAAAGUUAAGAGAACAGUGUAUAGAGGAUGCAGUUAGAGUUAUUCAACGAUGUUAUAAGAUGUAUAUUCAGAGGAAACAAUUUACAUUGAAGAGACAGAGUGCGUUAUUACUUCAAUGUUGUAUAAGAUCACAUUUGAGAAGAAAGGAAUUUGGAGUGAAGCUAGUCGCCGAGAGGAAGCGAUUGGAGGAAGAGAGAGUGCGUGAGGAAGAGAAGCGCAGAAAGGAAGAGGAGAAGAAGCGUAAGGAAGAGGAGAAACACAGAGCCGAGGAAGAGUCAAAGCGAAAAAAGGAAGAGGAGAAAAGAAAACGUGAGGAGGAAGAGAAGCUGCGUAAAGAGGAAGAGAGACUGCGAAAGGAGGAAGAACGACUAAGAAAAGAGGAGGAGAAGAAGCGAAAGGAAGAAGAGAAGCAUAGAAAAGAGGAAGAGAAGAAGAAGAAAAAGGAGAGACCAAUUGCAGCAUCCUCACCACUGCCUAACAAUAGCAAUAGCGCCGGUAGUGCUGCAUCUAGCAGUAGUGAAGGUGAAGAAGACAUUAUACUGCACCAUAGAAGUAGUUUCGAGGAGGGAAGUGUCAGUCACAGCAACCAUCCGCCAAGCUCACCCAUUGAGAUUUGGAGAAAGCGUGAAAUCAAGUCGUCCAACAAGGUAAUGAAUUCACCACCCCUCAGACAACGACAUCAUGGUGCAUCACCUUCUUCAACUUCUUCAACCUCAACUACAUCGACAUCCACAUCUACAUCCACUACAAGCAUAACUUCACAACCACAUUUAAAUACAACAACAACAACACCAUCACAACCAAUUCCAAUAGUUAACAAUAACAAUGGAAAAGGUAGAGAUGGAUGGGUUGCUAGACCAUCACCCACUGGCAGACCAUCGCCCUCCACCUAUAGACAAACAAGAAUCGGUAGACUGACGUUACGUUCAUCGAAUAUCGACUUGAUGAAACUUAGCGGUGGUAGUUCACCUUCUUCUUCACCAUCCUCUGGUACACCAAAGAACGGAUCUCCAAACUCGACACCUCCACUCUCACUUUCACCCAACAUCAGUAACAACAGUACACCUCCCAGUGUAAUAUCACCAAUAUCAUCACCUGCAAUGUCAUCGACCUCAUCAUCACCAAUGAUGUCAUUCAGUUUAUCACCUCCAACCAACAGCAUUGAAACACCACCAGUCAUCUACCCAGAAGAAUCAGAGAAGAAUCUACAAAUGAGAACGAAAAUCAUUGAAGAAAUUAUUGAAACUGAAAAAGAUUAUGUUAGAGAUUUACAAAUAGUUUUAGAUGUAUUCUUAACACCGAUAAGAGAUAAAUCAAUGUUACAACUAAAGGAUAUAAAUACUUUGUUCUCCAAUCUCGAGAUAUUGCUUAGUAUCAAUAAGACAAUGUUGGAAGAGUUGGAGAAAGACGAUGAACCUUCUCACUAUCGAACCAAGGUUGGUCAGGCAUUCGAGAAGAUGUCUCACUACCUGAAGAUGUACAAUGCCUAUUGCUCAAACCAGCAGGCAGCUCUAAAGAUUCUCGAGGACGAACAGGAGAAGAACGAAGCAUUCAAGAACUUCCUCGAGAGUUGCAUGUCCGACAGUAGAUGUCGUGGACUGCCACUGCUCAGCUUCAUUAUCAAGCCGGUGCAAAGAAUAUGCAAGUACCCACUGUUGCUACGUGAGACUCUGAGGUACACUGCCGAGCAUCAUCCGGAGCGAGUUCCACUCGAAGAGGCAGAGAAGAAGAUCAACAUCGUUGUUACGUCGGUCAACGAAGGCAAGCGAACAGUAGAGAUGUUCCAAAAGAUCCUCGAGAUACAAUCGACCAUCGAGAAUAUCGACGACGAUCUCGUCAAGCCCGGACGUGUUCUCCUACAAGAGGCAACGGUAACCUCUGUGCGUGAACUUGGUGCCACCAACGACACCACCCUCCAACGUUCGAUCUUCCUCUUCAACGACCUCAUUCUCAUUUGCGGUCCUGCAAGCGUCAUCACGAAUGCAAUCAACAACUUCAAAACAAAGAAACACAUCUACAGACUAAAAGGUAGAAUACCAAUUUCAGAAGCAAGAAUUAUGUUUGUUAGUGAUACAGAUUCUGUUAAAUAUGCAUUGGAAAUAUGUCAUUUGAAAGAUGAUAAUUCAAAAUAUAUUCUUUGUUUCAAUACGGAAGUACAGAGAAGUCAAUGGUUGAAACAAAUCAAAUCAAUGAUUCAGGAAUAUAAAUUCAAUCUAUCGAAACUAUCAUCUCCAUUAAGAUCAUCACCGAUUUCGCAAUCAACAACCAAUCUUCAUUCACUCUCACCCAUUAUCGUUAAUAAAUCCUGA